UUGUAACCGAGGCUAUCAAACACCAACUACUCGCAACAGCAGGCACUUCGCGCCACAUUCAAAUUUUUAAAAACUAACCGCCAUGAAGACUACUCUUAUUGUCGUUCUCGCUUUGUUUGGGGCUGUUAACUGCGGUCAUAUUUCGAGUUCCGGCCAUUCCGGGGGAAAGGGUAGCUCAUACAGUAGCAGUGGAUUAAAGACCAUCGCCCAAGGAUCAGCGCAUCAAGCUCAUUCAGCAGUGGCUAGCCAGCAUGCCGCUGCCAGGCAAGCAUCAUAUGUUGCCAAAAGUACAUUAGCCCAAGCUGCCUCUCAAGCCGCUGCCACAGCUCAGGCUGCUCUAGCUGGAAAGCGAAUCCUUCUCCAGAACUUAGAAGAACAAAGCAGUGAAGCCCAUCAACAACUUGAAGCAGAAUUGGGCCACUUGAAAUUGGCACAAGCUGCUACAUCCGCCGCAGCCUCUGUAGCCAAAUUGGCCGCUGCCCAAGUUUCCGAGGUUACAAGUGCCCUGAACAGUGCACAAGGAGUAGCAGUACAUGCUGAAGAGGCCGCUCAGAAAGCAGCUGCAGAAUUGGCAUCCCAGAUUGCUAUGGUUUCGAAGGCCAAGGCUCGUCUCCAAUCUAUCGAACAUCAGUUGAACACUGUCCUUUUGGAAUACGCUGCCACCCAAGAAGCUGCUGAAAAAGCUGCCGCUGCUGCUCAAGAAGCCCAGCACAACGCUGCACAAGCAGGACAGCGCGCUGCUUUGGAAUUGCAUCAAGUUGCCGAAAAACAAGGCGGGGGACACGGCGAGUCUUCCAGCUACACAGAAGCUAAGUACAUUGAAUCCCAUGGGCAUAGUUAAACUUAAUAUUAUUACAAAUGUACUGAAAUUUUGAGUCUGUUAUAUAUCGUGGACUGUUUAGUUGUUACCUUACGAAAACGUUUUAAGUAAAGUUAAUAAAGUUGUAUACUAACACUAUAA